CGGCCUCAGUCAGCCCUCGCAGCCCGGCCUCCAUGCGACCACCCCGAGGCGCUGACGCCCCCUCCCCUCCGCACCCCACGCAUGCUCCCGAGGAAGAUUGGGCUCCCGGCGGCCCGUAGCUUCCCCGGCAACCGGCAGGAAGCGCGGAGCGGAGCGGGGGAAGCGGGGCUGUCCUCCCGGCACGCCGGGGCCGGCAGCGCUGGGUCGGGCCCCGCCGGGCCCUCUCGGGAAGGAGGAGGGAGGGAAGAAGGAAGCGGGGGAUCGUCGUUGCCCGCCGGCAGAGGGUGGCUGUUUGAGUCCCUUAGCGGUUACGGGGCUCGGGUCCCCCUCGUCUCUCUCGUUCUCUGUCCCAGCAGCGCUCCGGGAGGGUUGUCGCUGGGCAGGGUAAGUGAGCAGCGUGGCCUUUGAAGUCCUGCUUGCUGUCGUUCUGCCUCUGAUCAGAGGCUUCAGGAGCCAAGCCCAGGCUCCUUCCUUUCUGCAGUGAAAGGCACCUUUCAGGUAGUAAUGUUCUAAGAAUGUCAUCAGGCGUCCAAAUAAAACCAAAGACUGCAGUACAGAAAAGCAAGACAUCCUCUCCUUUGCCAUGUUCUCCAGAACCUGCAACUAAACCACAGCCAAAGCCUAGUGACAAGCUGAAUCCCAAAACUAUUGAUCCGUUUGGUACUCCUUCUAGAACACCUUCUGCAUUUGCCGCUAUAUAUGCUAAAGGUGGCAUUCCGUGCAGGUUAGUGCAUGGCUCAGUAAAACACAGACUGAAAUGGGAAUGCCUUCCUGAAACUGUUCCUUUUGAUCCUCUUCUUGUAACACUGGCAGAGGGUCUGAGAGAGACAAAGCAUCCCUAUACAUUUGUUUCAAAGGAGGGUUUUAAAGAAUUACUUAUGGUUGAAGGUGCUGCUGAAAAAACAAUUCCCUUGUUGCCUCGUCUAGUUCCAGUGUUAAAGGCUGCAUUGGCCCAUUCAGAUGAUGAAGUAUUUGAAAGGGGAUUGGAUGCUUUAGUUCAACUGAGUGCUGUUGUUGGCCCAUCUCUUAAUGAUCAUCUUAAGCAUCUGCUCACAAAUCUUUCAAGAAGAUUAAUGGACAAGAAAUUUAAAGAAAAAAUUACUGUUGCUUUACAGAAGUUGGAGCAAUAUGGUGGAAAGGCAACUGUGGCUAUCAUCAAAUCUAAAAUUCCAACCUAUUGUUCUAUAUCCUCUUGAACAAAAAAAAAUCUGUAGUGAGUUGUACUGUGAGGUCAAGUUUGAAGAUUAACUGCCUGUGAGUGUCACCAACAAUUCUUUGUGGUAUGCUAUGUUCUCUUAAACUAAUCACAGUUCUUCAGUGUAAUGGAAAGUGGGAAACAUCCCAUCAGUUUGUGAAUAUAUAAUUAUGAGAGACUGUUUAAAAUAAUUCUCUAUUGGCUGCUAUUUAUGUAUGCAUUAUGCUUACAAGGACACUGACAAAUUGGCUAUUAUUUCAAAGGCUGAGUAAAUAUAGAUUCAUAUUUUGUUGUAAAUUGCAUUUUCCUUUAAUAGAUUUGCCUAGUACGUUAUGUAGAUUUGUAUGAUGCAAAACAAUUUUGAUGCAAAAAAAAAUGAGAAUUCACAUAGUGCUAAAUUACAAUGCACUUUUGAAACAUUUAACUUACUCUGUCCCAAUGGAUGCAGUUUGGGUUCAUCAGGACUUAAUGGAUUAGACAUAGAACUAAAAAAACUCACCUAGACUUUUUGAGCUUUUGAAGGUAUGAAGCUUACCAUACAGGAAGCAAGCUGUAUUUUCUCAUUGAGUACUCGGCAUGUUGUUUUCAGAAGCUGGAACAGCAUUGGUCCAUGAGCGUACUUGAGCUUGAUUGCAAACUAUUGACCAACAGAUCUUGAAAUAAAUACUGUUCAGGUUUGUUGUUCUGUGUUUGAGUCACCCUAUGGGGGAGAACUGACUAAAGUGGUAUUUAAUUUAAUUCAGAACUGUGGUUAAGUUCUGUGCAAAGUCAAGACAUACAUGUAUAUAUAUUUAAGCAUUUUAAAAUAACUUAAUUUUGUUGGCAGAAAUGUUAAAUCUGAAGAAAUACAGUUAUUUAACAACACAAAAAA